ACCUCAACCGGAAUCGGAUCCAGCUGAUCGAGGGCCUGACGUUCCAGGGCCUGGACAGCUUGGAAGUGCUGAGGCUUCAGCGGAACAGCCUCGGCAAGCUGACGGAUGGGGCCUUCUGGGGGCUGUCCAGGAUGCGUGUGCUGUGAGUGCGGGCACUUCCGGCCAGGACGGGCUGCGCCUGGAGUACAACAACCUGGUGGAAGUGAACAGCGGCUCUCUCUAUGGUCUCACAGCCCUGCACCAGCUCCACCUCAGCAACAACUCCAUCUCCCGGAUCAACCGCGAUGGCUGGAGCUUCUGCCAGAAGCUGCAUGAGCUGGUUCUGUCCUUCAACAACCUCACGCGGCUGGACGAGGAGAGCUUGGCCGACCUCAGUAGCUUGACCAUCCUGCGCCUCAGCCACAACUCCAUCAGCCACAUCUCGGAAGGCGCCUUCAAGGGACUCAGAAACCUGCGUGUCUUGGAUCUGGACCAUAACGAGAUUUCAGGCACAAUAGAAGACACCAGUGGCGCUUUUAUGGGCCUCGACAGCCUCAGCAAGCUAACUCUGUUUGGAAACAAGAUCAAGUCCGUGGCUAAGAGAGCAUUCUCGGGGCUGGAAGGCCUGGAGCACCUGAACCUUGGAGACAAUGCUAUCAGGUCUGUCCAGUUUGAUGCCUUUGUGAAGAUGAAGAAUCUCAAAGAGCUCCACAUCAGCAGCGAGAGCUUCCUGUGUGACUGCCAGCUCAAGUGGCUGCCCCCGUGGCUGCUGGGCAGGACGCUGCAGGCCUUCGUGGCCGCCACCUGUGCCCACCCGGAGGCCCUGAAGGGUCAGAGCAUUUUCUCUGUGCCGCCGGAGAGCUUCGUGUGUGAGGACUUACCAAAGCCACAGAUUAUCACCCAGCCAGAGACGACCAUGGCCGUGGUGGGCAAGGACAUCCGGUUCACGUGCUCAGCAGCCAGCAGCAGCAGCUCCCCCAUGACCUUCGCCUGGAAGAAGGACAACGAGGUCCUGGCCAACGCUGACAUGGAGAACUUUGCCCAUGUCCGGGCACAGGAUGGGGAGGUGAUGGAGUACACCACCAUCCUGCACCUCCGCCACGUCACCUUCGGGCACGAGGGCCGCUACCAGUGCGUCAUCACCAACCACUUUGGCUCCACCUACUCGCACAAGGCCAGGCUCACUGUGAAUGUGCUGCCGUCAUUCACCAAAACGCCCCACGACAUCGCCAUCCGGACGGGCACCAUGGCUCGCCUCGAGUGCGCUGCCACUGGCCACCCCAACCCCCAGAUAGCCUGGCAGAAGGACGGCGGCACCGACUUCCCUGCGGCCCGCGAGCGCCGCAUGCACGUCAUGCCUGACGACGACGUGUUCUUCAUCACGGACGUGAAGCUGGGCGACAUGGGCGUGUACAGCUGCACCGCCCAGAACUCGGCCGGCUCCGUGUCGGCGAAUGCCACCCUGACUGUCCUAGAAACCCCGUCGCUGGCGGUGCCUCUGGAAGACCGCGUGGUGUCGGCGGGGGAAACGGUGGCGCUGCAGUGCAAGGCAGCCGGGAGCCCCCCGCCCCGCAUCACCUGGCUCAAGGGGGACCGGCCCCUGGGCCUCAGCGCGCGGCACCACUUCACGCCCGGCAGCCAGCUGCUCGUGGUGCAGAACGUGGUGGCGGAGGACGCGGGCCAGUACACCUGCGAGAUGUCCAACGCCCUGGGCACAGAGCGGGCGCACAGCCAGCUGCGUGUGCUGCCCAGCCCUGGCUGCAGGAAGGACGGGACCACCGUGGGCAUCUUCACCAUCGCUGUGGUGUGCAGCGUGGUCCUGACGUCCCUGGUCUGGGUGUGCAUCAUCUACCAGACCAGGAGGAAGAGUGAGGAGUACAGCGUCACCAACACAGAUGAGACCGUUGUGCCUCCAGAUGUCCCGAGCUGCCUGUCCUCUCAGGGGACCCUCUCUGACCGACAGGAGACCUUGCUCAGGACUGAGGGUGGUCAUCAGGCCAACGGGCACGUCGAGAACAAUGGUGUCUGUCCGAGAAACGCAGGCCUCUUCCCCGAAGUGGAUGCCCACGGCGUCCUGUGCCGGCAGCCCAGGCUCUGUGUUGGGUGCAGCAAGGAGCCGUGGAGAGCGGCGGAGAAAGCUGAUGGCCCGCCUGGCCCACAGGAGACAGAGCACAGUGGCCCGGUCGUGCACAGUGAGAGCAGCACUGGUGUGGACAGUGACUCCACGGAACACGCCUCCUGCCCCCAGCCCACGCCCAGAGACAGGGCACAGCCGGGGGCCCGCAGCAGCCAGGAGCCCAGCCCGAGUGCCCAGGAGCCUUCUCCGCCUCGGAACAGUGGGGCUACCGGCGGGGCUCCCCCCGAGGACGGGGGGUCCCUCUACCCCAGUAACCACGACAGAAUGCCGACAUCCUGGACGCAGCCGCCAGGGGCACCUCCAGAUGGAGAAGGGGCCUCUUCCUGGACGUUAGCAAGGCUGUGCGAGCCGGACUGCGCCCUGGCUCCCGGCAGUUCUGAGCGCGCACGCGCCCCCUCGGGCUUGCCCGACACCCGCAGCGAAGGCCGGUACUUGCUCCUUUCCAAUGGACACCUCCCCAGAGCCUGUGACUCCCGUCCCGAGUCCACACCACUGACAGGACAGCUCCCCGGCACGCGGACUGGGCCGCUGCUGUUUGCACCGCGGGUCUAGGCCCCGCCCACCUCCCCGUGGCCGCGGGAGGGGAGAGGUGGGAGGGGCUGAGGGGGCCCGUGUCCGAUCUGCAGUCCUGACCCCGUGUGGAGUGUCAGUAGGAGGACUUACAGCUGAAGCGCAGGAUGCAAGAGGCUAUUGUGUGCAAACGGCAGAAAAGUAUUUGAUACCAUUGUACAUAAGAGUUUUCAGAGAUUUCAUAUAUAUUAUAUAUCUUUUACAGAGGCUAUUUUAAUCUUUAUUGCAUGGUUAACAGAAAAAAAUUGUACAAUUUUGACAAUAUUAUUUUUCAUAGCAGGUUGCUGUUUAAUUUUGGAAGAGGGGAUAGUGCUGGUGCCUUAAUGCAUGGAUGGAAUUCAUAGAAGCUAAAACCACAUCUGCUCCCAGGAGUGGUGGGUGGGAAGGAUGGAGAGUCCUUAGACGUGUACCACACAUGGUAGGACACACCCAGGGUGCUUAUAGGCAGAGACUUGGUCUGCAGCGCAAGUCACUUCACAUCCGCGUGGCUCACGUGCGGGUGCGCCUGCAGCAGGCUCCUGGGGCCUGGCCUGCGGGCGGCAGGUCCCUCUGCACUGAGUGACCUUUCUCAUGGGUUUAUUUAUUUAACAACAUGAUGGGGAUUGUUAAUUCACCACAAGCAUUUGGUCUGAACAAAUAAGCCUUUCUUUCUUCUUUGAUAAGAGCAAAUGUGGUCUUAGUAUCAUCUGAUUGUCAUUUGAGGCUUUCUAAUAAGACAGAAGCUGCUGCUGUUGGUACCUGUGGAUUUUUCAAUAGUGAGGCUUUAGUUCUGCCAAUAAUAAUUAAAUUACAUUGGUGUGCAGGGAGAAAAAGGUUGAAGUCCUUCUUUUCAGGACCAGCUUAUCUGCUGAGGGUCUGGAGCAGCCCUGGCCGCGACCUUCCCUCGCACGGACGAACCCAGGCUCGGACUUGCAAGUUUCAGCCCUGGACUUGGGUUCUGGCGUAUUUGCACUUUCGAGACUGUAGCUGACCAUCUCGUGGGUGCCAAUGGGUAUUUCAGGAAAAAUACAUGGAAACUAACAAGGUCCUUAGAAGCCCGGAAAGCAAGGUCCUUUAGCCAAGAAGCCGAAGGCAGGUACUGAACGACGGCUCCCGUGUGAAAUGUGCCUUCAGGUGUCAUCACUGCUCCAGAGGUGAGCACAUUAGAAUUGUGUUCUCAACAGUUAACGAUUAAUGUUACUUCCACAACAUGUGAAUUUGCUGCUUCUGAGAGGCAAUGUGAAAGAGGAAGUAUUACUUUCAUGUACAAAGUUAUUUAUUUAUAGAAAUUUUGGUACAGUGUACAUUGAAAACGUGUAAAAUACUGAAGUGUCUAACAUGGCAGCGGAGUGUCUUUAAU